AUGUGAACAAACCCGACCAGCUGUCACCCUUUGACAGCUUGGCAUUUUGUUUUGGUUUUGUUGUUGUUGUUGUUGUUGGAAAACCAAAUUAGAAAACAGCCGAACCUUUGGGGGCAAACAUUCUGAUUCUAUUGUAUGCGAGGAAGCUCCCCCUUCCUAGGCAACGACAACAACAACAACAACAACAACAGUAACAUCACAGGAGGUCGAUCGGCCUGGGAGCCAAUUCGGAACAAUUUUUGGCACAAAACCAGCAUCUCGCUCGCGUAAGAGUCGAGGAAAAAUCUUCCUGUGUUAGCUGUGAAGCAAGCACCAGCGGCGAAAACAACCGGUUGAAUCCUCCCCCAGCGAGCCUCAGUAAACGAACGGCGGGCACUGAAAUGGCCUGGCGAUCGAAGGGCUCGACACAGGCGGAACUGAUCCGGCUGAUGCAGGAUUUUAACGUGAUCAAGACGGAAGCGGUAGCGCAGACAAUGAUAGCGACCGACCGGAAGUACUACGUACCGGCGAACGUGCCCCAGUACCAGGACGAGCCGCAGCGGAUCGGGCACGGUGCCACCAUCAGUGCGCCUCACAUGGUAUGGCUUUUUAGUAACACUUCUGUGAGGAGUUUCUUUUUUAGUUUUUUUCAGCAGAAAGUAGGGAAUAGAGAGCGCAACUUCAAUGAGCACGCGUACGCACUGGAGCUGCUGCAAUCGUACCUGAAGCCGAACAGCAAGGUGCUGGACGUCGGUUCCGGUUCGGGCUACCUGACCGCCUGCUUCGCCCGCUUCAUACACCGGGACCCGGCGGCGACCGGGUACGCGGUCGGCAUCGAGCACCAUCCGCAGCUGGUGACGCUCGGCCGCCACAACAUCGGCCAGGACGACCAAUCGCUGAUCGAUACGGGCAAAAUUGUUCUCAUCGAGGGUGACGGACGGCAGGGCUGCAAGGACCACGCACCGUACGAUUGCAUACAUGUCGGGGCGGCCGCGCCGGAAAUACCGCAACAGCUCGUCGAGCAGCUGAAGCCCGGCGGCCGCAUGAUCAUACCGGUUGGGCCGGAGGGAGGCAACCAGCGCCUGGUGCAGAUCGACAAAACGUCCGACGGCGAGAUCCAGAACACGAAGCUGAUGGACGUGAUGUACGUGCCGCUCACCGAUCUGCGCAAAUGAUGCCGCUGCAGCGUGCGCACCUGCGGCCACGCACUGGCCCGACUGCUACCCCUGCUGAUACUGCUCUGUCUCGGCUACACGAUCGUUAAGACGUACGUGCUUUGAAACUGAAAAAAGGAAAAACUAAAUCUUACUAACAAAAAAUCCCCUUUGUUCGGCUGUGGAUCACACACCCACACACACACACCCCAAUACUGAGCAGGUUCGGUGAGCAGUGCUCGAAAUAAAUUCUGUUGCGUGUGUUACCUUUCUGAAACGCACGGUCUCUGCGUGCCGCUCUUUA